UCCAACUCACGAAAUUGGUCGAAGAUGGACAAAUCAGUCACAUUCACAAUUAAUGACAGAUUAAUAGAUUAUAGAAUCCAAGUCCUGACAAAUUAGAAAUUUAGAUUCCAAGCACACAACCUAAACUCAAAAGUUCGUCUUCUCUCUCCCACACGGCCACACAGCGAUAGAAGGAGAAGAAAACAAGGAGACAGAAAGUAUCGUCCAAUCAAAACGCUUGAUUUGAUCCCCAAAUUGAGGUUAUCAUCUUUUAUGGGAGUUUUUUCGUUGAAACAAUUGUUCGUUCCUUCCAUAGUUGGUUCACUGUUUAUUAUUGAUAGCCAACAUACAUAGUCGCACACCAGGUGUUUGACGAAAUGCCUGAACGAUGGUCUCAUUGAUUGCACCUUCUUUUACAGUUUGCCGUCAACCCGUUUCGUAUUUGAACUCCCCCAGUUGUUUCCCCGUCGUUUUUGUCAUUAACCCAUUAAAAUUGGAACACCCACUUCGCUCAAAGAGUAACCAAUUGAAGCAGAAGAAGCAGUUGAAUCAGUUGUUGUUUGAUUUUUCUGGGUUUUAUAGGGUUGUGAGAAAGUGUAGGAAUUGGGAAGGUGAAGAAACUGACCCUGCUUUGGAGCUUGAAGUUUUGGAAUUCAUGAAAAAUUCAAAAAAACCCCAUAUGUUUCCCAAUAAAAAGGAGCUGAUUGAUGCUGGGAGAGGGGAUUUGCUUGAUGCAAUUGUGAAGAGUGGUGGGUGGAUGACUGCAGGAUGGGGAGAUGAAGAUGAGAAUGAGGUUAGUGAAGAUGGGUUAGCCAGUAAUUUGGGGGUUUUGUUGGAAAAGUAUGGUCAAAAUGGUGCUGAAAGUGGGAAAAGAAGUGGGUCAGAUGCCAAUGGACAUAGGCCUUUUGAUGGAAGUGGAACUUCCUUUUUGAGAAGUUCUUCGCCGCCGGCUUCAUCUUCAGGUCGACCAAUGGAAAUGGCUGUAGAUGAUGAGAGUGGGAUUGAGGGAAUAUUGCAACGAUUGGAGAGGCAGAGAAACCUGAGUUUUGGUUUGAAGUCGGGGAAAAAUGGUACUUCUGUAGAUUAUGUCAAUGAAGAUAUUGACAGCAAAGAUCAAAACAAAGGAAUGAGGAAGGAUGUGGACAGUUGGCAUCCUCAAAGUGAACACGGGUCAUUAAGCCACGAUAGACCUAUGAUCAGUAGCAAUGGGUUGAACAGAUCAUAUUCCAAUAAAUUUAGUAGUUCCUUGAAGACGGAUGCUUGGAGAACAUGGAGUAUUCAGAGGGCGGGCUUUUCAGACACAGAUUUUGAAGCUGGUGAAAUUGACUUAAGCGAAAACACUAAACGAGGGACAGUGGACAAGUCAAUGGAUGACAUUUUUGCAGUUACUACUGAUAUUGAGGGAGCUCAAGACGAGACAAAAGGUUUAGAUCCGAACUAUCUAGAAAUCACACAAGGUGAUCUGAAAUCUCGUCUGCAGCAUCUUGAAGGGGAACUUUCAUCAGUACUUCGAUCACUAAGGUCAAAGACCACCAACUAUUCUGGAAAGGCUAAGGAGCAGCUUUCCGGAGACUUGAGGCAACUUUCUGAUGUUUCAGAGUUCCAGGAAAAUGAUAUGAUGACUGCGCAGGACAAAUUGAGGACACUACGUGCGAAGCUAGCAGUAUUAGAAGGGAAAAUGUCACUUGCAAUAACGGAUGCUAAGAAUAUAUUGGAUGAGAAGCAAAAAAGGAUUAAUGAUGCUCGUAGAGCUCUCCAACUUCUUCGUACUGUCUGCAUAGUUUGGCCUAAUUCUGGAUCAGAGGUGCUGCUGGUAGGCUCCUUCGAUGGGUGGGCCACCCAGAGGAAGUUGACAAGGUCAAGUAAUGGCGUUUUUUCUCUGUCGUUGAAGCUGUAUCCCGGAAAAUACGAGAUAAAGUUCAUUGUUGAUGGCGUUUGGAAAGUUGAUCCCCUUCGUCCAGUAGUUAACAACAAUGGUUUCGAGAACAAUCUUCUUACGAUUGAUUGAAGUGCGGAUGAGAAGAGCUAGGAUAGCAAUUGGUCCAUUGAUGUUAGCAAUUUAUUUAUUUGAACAAAAAGGAGAGCGUAGAAACUCAAGAAAGUAGGGAAGCUUCGAUCGUAUAUUUGGAACUGAUGCAAAUACUAACAAGACAAACUGCUACCAUUCCCAUUCAGUAGGAAUUAGCCUUUGAUGCUUGUACAUUCUACAACUCAUGUCAUUCUCUUACAUUAAGAGUUAGGAUAAAGAGUGUUAUACCACAAUUUUCCCAUCCUGGUAUUUAUUUAUUCGUUGUAUCCUAGUUCCUGCUUCUCUGCGUGUCUAUGUAUCUGGAUAUGGUUUAUAUGCCUUAUUGAACAAUACCUCACUUUUGGUUCUA